UGAAAGCCUGAGACAGCUACCCUUUGCACUGGCAGCUUAGCUGUUUCUGGCUUCAAAGUGCUCAUGUUGUUUUCACGGAACUAGAGUUUUGUCUAAAGUAAAGACUCGAUCAAUCCGAGAGAAACAAUGAAUGACCGCGAACUGGACCUCACCGAAGAGCAAAAAGCUGUAAAAUCAAAAUAUCCUCCCAUCACAAAGAAAUACGAGUAUCUUGACCACACGGCAGAUGUUCAGAUUCAUUCAUGGGGUGAUUCUCUGGAAGAAGUUUUCGAGCAGUGUGCUAUGGCUAUGUUUGGCUACAUGACUGAUACGGAAACUGUGGAACCCAUUGACACUGUAGAAGUCGAAUCAAAAGGAGAGGAUUUGGAAUCCCUUCUCUUUCAUUUUUUGGAUGACUGGCUCUUCAAGUUCAGCGCGGAUAUCUUCUUUGUCCCGAGGGAAGUAAAGGUCGUGCACAUAGACCGAAUGCAGUUUACAAUUCGAUCCAUAGGGUGGGGAGAGGAAUUCAGUAUAAAUAAACAUCCUCAGGGUACAGAAGUGAAAGCAAUCACAUACUCGGCCAUGCAGGUGCAUGACAAAGAGAAACCCGAGAUCUUCGUCAUUAUUGAUAUUUAAAGUCUUUCAGUUAUUUUUAAAGAUUCUUCUUUCCAAAAGGAUUUGACUUUGACAUCAGAUACAUACAGUAAUAACUAAAAUACUGUAUGUUGAGGUUGACUACAUUAUUAUUAAUAAAGCUUUUUAUUUUCAUUUUGAUGCCUUGAACACACAACACAAAGACACUUGAUUGUUUAUGGCCAAGUUGUGCUUUUUUGAUUCUUUUUAAGGUGAUAUUUAUACAAUUAUGAAAUAUUUAAUACACUGCUUUAUUUAUAAAAACAUGACACAAAUUAAGUCAAACCACACAUAAAGAAGUUUGUUAUUGUCUUUCUUUAAUGAUGUUAAUAAAGCAAAUGAAAUAAAAAGCAUGUCUCUAAAAUUAUUUCAUUCUGUUCUGUAAGCUUGUAUAAAAAAUAAACUUUCUGAGUUAAACAAAAUAAAAGCGAUUUCUAAACAUUUUAUCAGACAUCAUCAAUGACACAAUGGGGCAGUUUCCAAGACAGGGCUUUGGCUAGAAGUUCUACAUCUACGGCCAAAA